ACAGCACAUACAAAACAAAGACAAUUUCGUAGAACACUUAAACAUGUCAUCGAUUUCGGAUUGCAGAGGCAAGACAACAUGGCCGGAGUUGCUGGGAGCUGUAGGGAGGGAGGCGGCAGACACAAUUGAGAGGGAAAACUCAAAUGUGAAUGCGGUGAUAGUGCUGGAUUCGCCGGAGACUGUUGUGACGGCUGAUUUCCGCUGCGAUAGGGUUCGUGUUUGGGUUGACACCAACGGAAUCGUCACCCGAGUUCCCAUUAUUACUUAAGCAUCGAUAGCAUACGUUAAAUAAAUAAGAAAGAGAUGAUAAUCUCUUAACAUGUAUUCUGAUAAGUAAAUAAUGUGAUUUGUCUAUGUUUCGUACUAAUAUAAAAGAGAGACUGUAAUCUCUUUACUUGGCUUAUUAGUUAUUACUAAGCAUGAGAUUAAAUAAGAAAUCAACUUGUAUUAAAUUUGUCACUCUAAAAUUUUUAUCCAUCCAACUUUGUUUCUGUUAAUUUGCUUCUUUUUUUCCUAAAAAAAAAAUACUAAUAAUAACAUAAUGGUUAA